AUGAAUUACACUUCACCAUCUGUCAGUCAGACAGACAAAUCUGGGAUUGGCGGACGCCAGGAGAACACCACCCGCCCCAAUGCACAGGGCCAACUGCAAAGUUCGGUGGACGAGGAACAACGAAAGUGCUUCAUAAACUACAUUUCAUUGACAUGUAUAUCACACCAACUGACUGGUUCUUCUGAUUUUCACACAGGAUACCAUGUUGAGACAUUCUCUACAUCCAGAGAGCAACAGCAGGAAGAUCACAGAGCUAAGAGGUCUCACCACUGCCCACAUUGUGGGAAGAUUUUCCCAUUUCUAUCGAAGCUAAAAAUACACCUAAGAAAACACACAGGAGAGAAACCGUAUUCCUGCUCUGACUGUGUGGCGAGUUUCUCUCAACUUUCCGACUUAAAAUCACAUGAACGUAUACAUACAGGGGAGAAGCCUUACGUCUGCUCUGACUGUGGAAAACGUUUUAAAACAUCAAAUAAGCUAAAAUCUCAUCAGAGAACACACACAGGAGAGAAGCCUUACGUCUGCCCUGACUGUGGAACUAGUUUCUCUCACCUUUCCAACUUAAAAACACAUGAACGUAUACAUACAGGAGAGAAGCCUUACUCCUGCUCUGACUGUGGAAAACGUUUUCAAACAUACGCUCAGCUAAAAGUUCAUCAGAGAACACACACAGGAGAGAAGCCGUACGUCUGCCCUGACUGUGGAACUAGUUUCUCUACACUUUCCAACUUAAAAACACAUGAACGUAUACAUACAGGAGAGAAGCCUUACUCCUGCUCUGACUGUGGAAAACGUUUUAAAACAUCCGCUCAGCUAAAAGUUCAUCAGAGAACACACACAGGAGAGAAGCCUUACGUCUGCCCUGACUGUGUAACUAGUUUCUCUCACCUUUCCGGCUUAAAAACACAUGAACGUAUACACACAGGAGAGAAGCCUUUCUUCUGCUCUGACUGUGGGGCGAGUUUCUCUCAACGUACCCACUUAAAAAAACACCAACGUAUACACACAGGAGAGAAGCCUUACGUCUGCUCUGACUGUGGAAAAUGUUUUAAAACAUUAUAUGAGCUAAAAUCUCAUCAGCGAACACACACAGGAGAGAAGCCUUACGUCUGCCCUGACUGUGGAACUAGUUUCUCUCACCCUUCCACCUUAAAAUCACAUGAACGUUUACACACAGGAGAGAAGCCUUACUUCUGCUAUGACUGUGGGGCGAGUUUCUCUCAUCUGGGCACCUUAAAAACACACCAACGUAUACACAUAGGAGAGAAGCGUUACUUCUGCUCUGACUGUGUAAAAUGCUUCAAAACAUCAAAUGAGCUAAAAGUUCAUCAGAGAACACACGAAUGAGAGAAGCCUGCUUACGUCUGCUCUGACUUUUGGGUGAGUUUCUCUCACCAUAGCAUCUUAACACACCAAUGUAUACACACAGGGGAGAAGCCUUACUCCUGCUCUGUGGAGGGGUGGGUAAGUCAAACGUCUAACCAAAAGCUGCGUGUUUGAAUCUUAUCAAGGAGGACUUUAGCAUUAUAGCUCAUAGCAACUUUGUAACUACUUAUUACUUUUUAGCUAUGUUAUCUAAUCUUUUCCCUAAACCCAUUUAACUCUACCUUAAAACUUCUUAGGGCUGCAAUCCCGAUAACGGGAUCGAUAUGACAACAGCCAGUGAAAGUGCAGGGCGCCAAAUUCAAAAAACAAAUCUAAUAAUUCAAAUUCCUCAGACAUACAUGUCUUAUACCAUUUAAAAGGUAAUCUUGUUGUUAAUCCCACCAAAUUGUCCGAUUUUUAAAUAUGCUUUUCAGCGAAAGCACCACAAACGAUUAUGUUAGGUCACACCAAACCACAAUAAGCACAGCCAUUUUUCCAGCCAAAGAUAGGAGUCACAAAAA